AUGGCCUUGCGAGCACCGCGUGGCGCGCCAGCCUUCAACGCCUCGUUCGGUCUUCCCUCCCGACCGUCGCUGUUGGGUGCUCGCGCCCUGUCCUUGCGCGCCAGCUCGGGCGCCCGUGGCACCACGAUGACGGCCUUUCGCAAAUAUCACGGCAUCGGUAACGACUUUGUCGUGGUCGACAACCGAGCGCAAAAGAACCCGCUGUACACGCCGGAUCAGUCCGUCGCUAUCUGCGAUCGUAACACGGGCGUCGGCGCGGACGGCGUCAUAUUCCUCCUACCGCCGAAGAGGCGAUCCUCCGACUUUGCCAUGCGUCUGUACAAUUCGGACGGCACCGAGCCGGAGAUGUGCGGCAAUGGCAUACGGUGCCUGGCCAAGUUUGCAGAUGAUCUGAAGAUACCCACUGCUAGUCCGGGGAGGUUUGUGAUUGACACGGGUGCAGGCGUCAUCAUUCCGGAGAUCGAGCAGGGGAGCUCCGAAGUCAAAGUUGACAUGGGUGAGCCCGUUAUCAUCCCGGGCGAGGUCCCGACCACGCUGGAUACAUCCGAAAGCGCGGGGUAUGAGGCUGUAUUGAACGUUGAUGGUACGGAUUGGACGUUUUCGUGCGUGUCGAUGGGCAAUCCACACGCCAUUUCGUUUGUCAGUAAGGAGGUCUUCCUGGAGAUGGACACCAAGCUGGAGGAAGUUGGCCCGAGCUUCGAGUGCAACCCCGUGUUUCCGCAGAAGACAAAUACCGAGUGGGCCUUCCAGAGGUGUCGCACAGAGUUUGAUAUGCUGGUGUGGGAACGGGGGGCGGGUAGAACAAUGGCCUGUGGGACGGGCGCGUGUGCUGUCUUGGUGGCUGCCGUAUUGACCGGACGCGCGGAUAAGGAUCAACCGACUGUGAUUCAUCUGCCAGGGGGCGAUUUAACUAUUGAGUGGGUGUCGAAGACUAACCAUAUCAUGAUGACGGGCCCUGCCGAACUCGUCUUUGAGGGGCACUUUCCGAAGGUGUGA